AUGCAUGCUUUGGUUUAUCUAAAGCUUUUUUCCAUUCUGGUUUCACUUCUUUCCUAUGGUGUUCUUCAUACCACACUCUCUGCUUUGAUAUCACAUCGUUACCAUGACUUUGAUAUCACAUCGUUUUUGACUAAAGCUCUGAAACUAAGGAAGUCUUCAAGGAAUGUUCAAGCAUCUUCAAGCAAAGCUCAGAAACCUAGAAAGUCUUCGACUAAAGCUCUGAAACUAAGGAAGUCUUCAAGGAAUGUUUCAUCUACCUGUAAGCAGAGAAGAAUCAGUAACUAUUUUCCUCCAAUUGGUCUUGCCGGCAACUUAAAUGAUGAAGUCUCGGUGCCUAUGGAUGAAGAUAACUCUUUAAGCAACUACCAUAUCGUCAGCCAAUAUGGUGCACAACAAUAUGGCUCAACCUCCUCAACUUCACCCCCCAAAGCACCACUUGUACAAGGUCCAUUGCUACCUCCACCACAUCACCCAAAUCAAAGUACUCUCCCUUCUCUGUGCACUCGAUCGGUGAUAUAUGAUGUUAGUGAUUGCCCUAACAUCCCUCCACUCCACCACUGGAUGUACCAAGGUCUUGAUAUUUUUGAUGCACUCAGCCCUGACCCACCUUCUCUUAGUCAACCAAAAUAUGACUCUUCGCACAAUCAAGCCUUGCGUAGACUCCCUUUCACACCCGACACUUCUCCCGACAAAAGUGGAGAUAGUUUGACUGGUUUCCUAGGUCAUGCACGAACAACUAAUGCAUUUUCAGCGACUGCUACCUCUAAUCCUCUAACUGGUUCCAAAUUUGACGAGGAACAAUCUGAAGACAUUGACAUCGUGGAACUGAGUGAGGGCUCCCCUGGCAGACCAAGGCCCAUGCAUCAACCAACGUGUGAUGAAAACCAACUUGCAAAACAUCUUAUGAGAUGUAAAUCCAUCCAAGUUGUUGACGUAAUCAACACACUGCCUCAAAUUGAUUGGGAUCUUUUUGAAAGGUUCAUUUCCCACAAGAAGUAUGUGUAA